AUGGAGGCGAUGGCGUUACAUGACUUUCGGGGAGAAGAAGCAGAUGAACUCAGCUUCUCUCGAGGCCAGCUUCUGAAGGUAUUGGACAAAGAUGAAGACAGACAUUGGUACAAGGCCGAGUUGAAUGGUCAAGAAGGAUUGAUUCCAUCAAAUUAUAUUAGACUACUCGAACAUUCCUGGUAUUUGGGUAACAUUUCUAGAGUGGACGCAGAGAGGUUGUUGCUCCAAGAAGAUAAUGCUGAUGGCAGCUUUCUUGUGAGGAAAAGUGAAAGUACACCUGGGGAGUUUUCAAUUUCAGUAAGGUGAGUGUUUGCUUUAUUUUUUGUUUUUAGGACUUUAAAAAGAUAUGUAUUAGGGUCAACAAUGUUUUUUGAAAUGAAGCCGUUAAAUAUUAAACUGGUUUAGGUUUAACAACGCUGUACAACAUUUCAAAGUGCUACGGGAAAAACGAUAUGGUUUAUAUUACGUUUGGUCAAAGAGGUUUAACAGUUUGAACGAUCUAAUUGGCUAUCACAGGUAUGUUAUGUUGCUUUUAACUUAAGAAGGUAGGUAGUGGUAGUUAAAUAUAAGUAAAGCUUUAUUGUUUAUUUGUUGUUUAGAGCUAACUCGAUAUCAAAGUCGAACACCAUUCUGCUUCGGUCGAUGGAAUUAGCCUUCAGACAUCACACUUUUGUUCAAGCUUUGUUUGAUUUUGAUCCCAAAGAAUCAGGAGAACUUGCCUUUAGACGAGGAGAUAUCAUUACAGGUAAUAUUAUUGUUACUUAAAGCAUAUCGAGACAUCAAAAUGCCACAAAAUGAUAUAAUCUAAUUUUAAUCAGGAAUGACAUUCACGAUUAAAGCUUGCUGAUGUUUUAUGUUUUAGUAACGAAUCGAGACGACCGAAACUGGUGGAUGGGUACCUUGAACAAUCAACAAGGUGUGUUCCCAGCUACCUACGUUGCUCCAUACGAUAACAGGCCAUGA